CGCUGCUGGACUGUUAUCUGCCCUCCAUCGCCGGGCCGGGGCAGGGUGGCUGGGCUCCGGGCCGGCUGUGAUGACACCACAGAUCCGUUAGCAGCGCACUGCAGCCUCCUCCUCUUCCAUCAUGGCUCCCUCCGCAGACAGGCACGGAUACUGGGGGCAGCCGACCUCAACGCUGGACUGGUGCGAAGAAAAUUAUGUCGCCACCUUUUACAUUGCGGAAUUCUGGAACACUGUCAGCAACCUGAUUAUGAUCCUUCCUCCCAUUUACGGGGCCAUCCAGACGUUUCGAGACGGCCUCGAAUUUCGCUACGUCUGCUCUUUCCUCGGACUGGCAGCUGUUGGCGUUGGUUCCUGGUGCUUCCACAUGACGCUGCUAUAUGAGAUGCAGUUACUGGAUGAGUUGCCAAUGAUCUACAGUACAUGCGUCUUUGUCUACUGCCUAUACGAGUGUUUCAAACAAGAAAACACCAUCAGUUUAUUUCCCAUAGCAUUAUUAAUAAUCUUCAGUGUCUCAGUCACAUUGGUGUACUUACAGUGGAAGGAGCCAGUCUUUCACCAGGUCAUGUAUGGAGCUCUAGUAGCUUGCCUAGUGAUGCGAUCUCUCUUCAUUGUUACAUGGGUGUACCCAUGGCUCAGACCGCUGUGUUACACCUCCUUAGGAGUCUUUUUGUUAGGGUUCCUACUGUGGAACAUCGACAAUAUCUUCUGCAACACAUUAAGAGCCAGUAGAGAAAAACUUCCCUCCGGUGUUGGAGUAGCAACACAGUUCCAUGCCUGGUGGCACAUCUUCACUGGCCUUGGAUCCUACCUGCACAUACUUCUAAGCCUGCAGAUCAGGUCAACCUACCUCAAGCACAGACCAAAUAUAAAGUUUGUUUGUGGAGUUUGGCCCACAUUGCACAUUGAACCACAGAAGACGAGCUGAAAUAAAGGGUUAGUGACCAACUGAAGGAUGGUGACUGCCAUAUCCAGACACCAUGGGAGCAGGGAGCUGCCAAUGCUCACUGCUGGGACCUCCGCCAACAGCUAGGGGGCAGGUGUACCCCAAGGCACUAUCCUAGGAACCCUUUAGUUCUGCACUGUGGCAACACUGAGUCCAGUUUUAAGAUUUUGUUUAAUCACAAAUAUUUAUUAGACUAGUGUUUAUUAGAUCUUAUUGAAGUUUUAAUGCAAAUAUGAUGUGUAGUCUUCUGAAGUGAUACAUGUCGAAGGGGACGGGGUGUUAUCUUAAUUAGGGUUUUGGAAAAAUUGAAAAAUAUUCAGAAUUUCAUUAGCAUAUUUAUUGUUGUAUGUUUGAAUCUCCUAAGUCUAAAAAUAUUCAAAUGAGUCCCUAAUUAUUAUACCUAUAACAGGUUUACCUAGCGUUUGUGCAGUUUUAGAACCAGCUGAGGGUGCUCAACUCAUAACACAGUGUUGUCACAUCCUUUUUCAAGGCGUAUUGCUUUUGGAUGUGCUCACUUUAUUGUAUAUGGGAUAGAAACUGCCUACUAGAAUGUGAAAGUAGUAAUGUGUUAUUGUAAUUCAGAACUAAGCCAUUUUACAAAUGUUCCUAUGAAAACAUGCCAUGACUGGAUUGUUAAUUUUCUUUUUUUUUCAUUGCCAAAGUUGUUCUGGGUUUAAAACAGUCAACCAUCAUUUGUAUUUUACGUCAUUAUAACACACCAUUAGAGAAUUGUUAUUCUGUUCGGGACAGAGCUAAGAUUUUUCCAUGUACACAAAACAAGUUGAACAACUUUGGACAGCUCAAGUUCCUGGAUAAACACACGCCGUCUUUAAAGAGAUACUGCACACACAUUUGUGCUCUUUGCAGGACUAAAGUUGUACUGCCACCCCUCAAAUCCAUACAUUUUGACUUUUGGUGAUCAGAAUUACAUUGACUCUCCCUCAGGGUGUGUUAUGUUGAGAAACCUGUUUGUUUGCCUGUGACCAGAAUCUUGCUAAUCUGAUCAGCCACAAAUAAUGCAAACAUGCAGAAACAUCAGUGGAGAUCAUCAGCUAAUGUUUGCAGCUAGCUUGAAGGGAAGAUGGAGUUAAAUGCUGUAGUUAAAACUCAUUUAUAAAAGCCAGUCUGUUAAUAUAACUGUAAAUGUUAACGUAUAGCCAAAUGAACAAGUGAACACAUAGAACAUGUCUAAAUAUUUGCAUCCCCAUAAGCCGUAGGGUUGGGAUUCAACACACAGACAGUUAUUCCUCCUUUAUACCUGUCUUCACGCUAAAACACAGAAAUAGUAUUUGAGUUUUCUCCCUAAUUAUUAGAAAAAUACUUUAUCUAAGUAAGCAUCAACCUUGAUUUUGAAGACGUAACAUUCACUACUUUUUAAUCAUGAUAAUAAUGCAUUGUUUGUUUCAUGUUUUUACACCAUUGCAUGGAGGUGGAGAGUCUAAUGGCACAUAUCUUGGCGAAACAGUUCAUUAUACAACCACUCGACACAUUGCCCUUUUAUCAGACAUUGCCAAACAUGCCUCUGUGAAUGGAGGAGAUGCUAUCUACCAACUCAUACAUUCAUUUUCCACAACAUUGAAAAAACUGAAACAUUGACUUUCAAUAAGUGUAUUAUGUCAACGAAUUUCACAUAACUGUAUUAGGUUCAAGUCAGUUUAUAUUAUAGUUAUGUUAGUUCAUACUAGGUUUCAGUUUUUUCAGUGUAUGCAUACAGUACAUGCUAUAUCACUAAAUCUGAAACGCUUGGGUUUAACACUAGUGUGAACCCAGUGUUACAAAUAUUCAUAAGCACAAUGUAUGAAAGAUAAGUAUUAACUGUUCAAAUGUCUGAGUGGAAUGUUCAUUGUGUGUUAUUAUCUUGGCAUUCCUGCUCAUCAGUAGAGCAGUUGUCAAAGAGGGUGCCUUAUUGUUACCUUGCAAGUAAUCCAAGUUGCCUUGAUGUUUGUGAUCAAAUAACCAUUCUACUGUCCCUGUGUUGUGCAGCGUGCCCAUAUCUCUUUCUCGUGCAAAGUUUGUGCCUGGUUCUUUGGCCUCCCAUUCAUUUCAUGUGUCCAACAUUUUGGUUACAGUCCGUUCCAAUGAUAUUAACUGUGUCUGUAGGUGAAUAACGUUCUGUAUCUGUUCAGGCCAGAAGAGUAAACUCUGCCACCAGUUAUGUUUAACUUUGGUCAGUCUUUAUGAUAAAAAGACAUGCAGACUAAAUGUCUACAGAAGAAAUUAA